GCCUCAAACAAGAUGCUGUUAUCCUGCGACGUGCAAACAAUGUCACGACAAAGGAUCAAAAGCGCGGGAGUUUUGGAGUGUGGUUCUAGUUCUCGUGGCGGGACUGUAGCACUAAUUGGCUUCAUUUGGUCCAUUUCGACGAGUGUUCAGAAGUCAACUGGUAUUCUUGACAUAUUCACCUAUUAUUGAGAUCAAGUGUGUUGAUGUAUGAUAUACUGAUCUGUUGGUAACCGACGACCAGCCAGCCAGUCAGUCACUGACUUCCCGUGUACUUGGGGCACCACAAAAUGGAAGGUCUGGCAGCGUUUGUUUCGAAAUUCGACGAAAACACCUCCAGAGAAAACAACGAACUCAAGAAAGUGCCACCAAACAAUUCUCGUAUAAAUCCAGAGAAAAAAGAUUCCAGCUCAAACACAAACCAGAUAAAUACUCUUCCCUUCAGCAUCGAAGGCAUUCUGGGUAUUAGUGAUAAUGGCGCUGCUAAGAGUGUUCGUCAAGAUGAAACUAGAAUACACUCUACAGAAUUCAAUCAAGGUAAGGACAUGUCAAAAUGUUCACCCCGAACCCGCGCUCCGAGGAACAGAAAGAACUUCACAGGAGAACAGUUGAGGGAACUAGAAAGGCUUUUUGAUCAAACUCAUUAUCCUGAUGCUCUGACGAGAGAAGCUUUGGCCAAGAAACUGGGGCUCUCUGAAGCACGUGUUCAGAUUUGGUUUCAAAAUAGACGCGCAAAAAGCCGAAGACAAGAGAGUCCAAAUCAGAAAGGAUUCAUAGUUCCAGCCAGCGAAUCCUCUUCGACGACUCUGUCACCUCAAAGCCCCGUCAGAUCACCCACCGAGACGACGCAAGCAUACCCUACGCUACCUCCCUUCCGAUACAGAACAACCCCGUAUUGUGGCGACCACUUCUGUGCAUGUUCAAGGUUUUGUAUGAAUGGUGUCCCUUCGCCUACCAACGCAACACUCAAUCCACAGGAUUUGGAUUACUAUCGCGAUUUUCAUAGGCAUUCGAGUAUAGUCAAUCUAAGGCUCAAGGCUCGCCAUCACCAUUCUCCUACCAAUACUAACUACUAGACUAGAUAGUCACGAUACAGGAAUGACGAAAUGUUACUAUACUUAGAGCAGUGAAAAGCUCGGUGCCGUAUGCGUGCCGUGUCGCCGUGACGGUGAUGUUUUCUAGAAUUUUGAUUGGCUAUUUUUCUCUCUCGUGUAAUGUGAUUAGUCUGGCAGCGCCGCGACUUUGGCGUGACCAUGUGUGCGCCGUGAUCUCGCCGUGUUUCGGGCAUUUGAUUGGAUGAAGAGUAAAUUAUCGCGCAGUGUGAUUGGAUUGGCGCAUACCUUCCCGUGUCAUGACCGCGCUCGUGCCGUAAGCUU